UUUCCAAUUUUAUAUGUUAACGUCUCCCUACUUUCAGCGAGGCUAUACUGUGAGAAAAGAAAGACUCUUCCUUCUUACCAUUGUUGCCUUCUGCCUUUUACUUUACUGCUUCUGUCUUCCAAUUAAGCAACUAUUUGGGAAGUGAAAAAAAGAACUUCGAAAUAUUGGCACUUGGGAACUUAAAUGGGAUAAUAUUUAAGGUGUGUUAUAGUGCACUGGGCUCCCUUUGAGAAUGGACAGUUCAUAAUCAUGUUUGUUUUCUGUUUUCUCUUUUCUGUGCCGGGUAAAAAAACUAGCUAGCAUUAUUACGGCUAUUGGUGAUGGAAGACAAUAUUAAGAGGAUUUGUGGAAAGUGAUAGUGCAAGUAGUUGAUUAAGUUGUGGUGAUGAAAUGGAGGACUGCUUCAGGGCCAAUUGGACCCCAUCUCAGGACCAAUAUUUUCUUGAGCUUAUGCUGUCCCAUGUGCGCAAAGGGAAUAAAACUGGCAAAGCAUUUAAUAGACAAGCCUGGGCAGACAUGACUGAAAAAUUUAACAUCAAAUUCGGUUUUAAGUAUGAUGUGGAUGUCUUGAAGAACCGACUCAAACGCUUCCGGAAGCAAUACAAUGAGACGAAAAUGCUUCUCGGUCAAAGUGGUUUUCGGUGGGAUGGAACAUUAAACAUGGUGAUAGCUGAUGAUAAAACAUGGGAUGAACAUGUUAAGGCCCAUCCUGACUUGCAAGCUUACAGAACUAAAGUCGUGCCCUAUUAUAGCGAAUUGUGCAUAGUUUGUGGCCAUGCAGUUGCUGACGGAAGAUAUAGUCUUUCAUGUUUUGAUGUAGACUUUGAACGUGAAGAAGCUUCAAAAGAAAUGGAUGACCAGAGUUCUCCAAGUAGAGGGGAUGGUCAGACCAAUCACACCAAAAUUGACUGGUCUCCGGUGAUGGACCAAUUCUUUGUUGAACUUAUGCUGGACCAUGUGCGCAAAGGGAACAAGAUUGGUCGUACAUUCAUGAAGAAAUCAUGGGCAGACAUGAUAGAAGCAUUCAACGAUAGAUUUGAGUGUCAUUACGGCAAGGUUGUUCUGAAGAACAGGUUUAAUGUCCUGAGGAGACAUUACUGCUCUAUUAAGGUUCUCCUUGGCAAAGAAGGGUUUAGUUGGGAUAAGACGCAACAGAAAGUGGUGGCUGAUGAUCAAUCUUGGCAUAAAUGCAUCAAGGCAAAUCACAACUUUCGGCUAUACAAAAUGAAAAGCAUGCCUUUUUAUCCUGCCAUGUGCAUCAUAUGCCAGAAUGAAACUAUGCCUGUGAGCAUAAGCAAGUCACAUCUUAAAAAUGGAUUUUCUGAGGACAAGACUUCUACCAGAGAUGCUCAGCCGCAACCUAAUGCACAUAAAGGAGAAGAGCAUAUGAAUGGUGACAAGAACUUCACACGAGAAACUCAGAUGCUCUCUAAAUCAGAGAAGCAAGCAUUGCAUUUGGGUGGCGAAAAGAACGUUCCUGGUCACCAAAAAAGGCAUCAACCUGAAAUGCCUCGGAACUUGAACGAGUCUAAGAGGGCAAGAAAUUGUAACGGGGGAGUGCAAGAUAUACUGAAACAUAGGAUGGUCGCGAUCUCAGUUUCUUCGCUAACGAAGAAAAACAAGAAAGAGGACAAGUUUUCUAUAGAUAAUGUAAUCAGUGUGCUUCAGACUAUACCAGACGUGGAUGACGAUCUGAUAUUGGAUGCCUGUGACUUCUUGGAAGAUGAAAGAAGAGCGAGAAUGUUUCUAGCUUUGGAUACUAAUCUGAGGAAGAAAUGGUUAAUGAGAAAACUUCGUCCGUAGUAACUGAUGAAUCUGGUGAAUUAUCCGUAACUGUAAUCGCUUGGCGCUCAAUCACUGAACAUGGUGCCGUGAUUCUUUUGCCUAACUAGGAUUGAUAUUGAACACGAAAAUUUUAUGUUCAAAAUUUUUUUGGUCGACAUGUUGACUGAACAAGAUAAUUUUUUCAUAAAUGAUAAUAGACUGUGAUUUGUACGUA